AUGGGGAAGAAAUGGCGGUACGGUAUCAUCUUCGAUGCGGGCUCUUCGGGGACGCGUCUGUAUGUCUAUAAAUGGAAGGACCACGCCAAGGCCAUCAAACAUGCCUCCAUUGACGCACUGCACAGUCUGCCCAAGAUCAAGCUACAAACGAGUCAAAAGAUCCGACCUGGCGUGUCAUCCUUCGCAGAAAAGCCCGAAGAGAUUGGUCGCGAACACCUCCAGUCUCUCAUCGACAUAGCCCUCAAGGAAGUGCCCGAUAAGAAAGUUGCCGACACUCCUGUCUAUCUCAUGGCCACCGCCGGCAUGCGUCUUCUUCCCGAGCAUAAGCAGCGAGCCCUUCUUCGCAACAUGUGUGCCUAUUUGCAGGAAAACACGAUGUUCUCACUACCUGACUGCAACACAAAUAUACAAGUCAUAUCGGGCGAGACCGAAGGUUUAUACGGCUGGCUUGCCACGAAUUACCUUCUCGGCGGCUUUGACCAUCCCGAUAAACACAAACACGGCAAUGGCCAUCACACGUAUGGCUUUCUGGAUAUGGGAGGCGCAUCGGCACAGAUUGCUUUCGCUCCAAAUAGUACCGAGGCAGAGAAGCAUGCAAAUGACUUGAAGCUUGUCCGCCUCCGCACCCUCGAUGGGUCAACUAUCGAACACCGCGUCUUCACUGCAACUUGGCUAGGAUACGGCGCAAAUCGAGCCCGUGAGCGAUAUGUCGAAAGCCUCAAGGAGCAGUACGGCAAACCGGAUAGUCUUGAGAUCCCCGAUCCAUGCCUCCCAUCUGGCUUGCGGUCUUCUCUAUCGGGCGAUCCUAUAAGCACCAAAACUGCCAUUCAUGAACUGUCCCUUAUCGGUACUGGCCAAUUCGACGAAUGUCUCCGACAGACCGAGCCGCUGUUAGGAAAGGACACUCCCUGCGAAGACGAACCUUGUCUCCUGAAUGGCCAGCAUGUGCCAAGCAUUGAUUUCGAUGUGAACCACUUCGUCGGGGUUUCCGAGUACUGGCACACGACUCACGGCGUUUUCAGCAAGAGCCACAAAACGGCAUACGACCUGGCCACGUACCAGAAAAAUGUGGUGGAUUUCUGCACUCGCGACUGGGCAGAUAUCGAGGCUAGCAUCGAGGCGCGGAAGAAGUCGGCCACACAAAAGGCCAAGAACGCGCAGGAAGCUUGCUUCAAAGCGUCGUGGUUGAUCAACGUACUGUAUGAAGGCAUUGGAAUCCCCCGACCCGGGCUGGAGCACACACCAAACCCUGGCUUGAACGUAACGAAAGGGACCAUUGACGAUGUGAAGGAAAAGGGAUUCAUGGACCCCUUUCAACCGGUCAAUGAAAUUGAUGGGAUUGAGGUCAGCUGGACCCUGGGGAAGAUGGUACUCUACGCCGCUGGUCAGGUUCCCCCACAGGGAGCUGCACUACCGGUUGGGUUUGGCAGCAAUGUUGCUGGCGCUACGGACUUUGAGCCAGCUGGAUCCAAAUUCUCCCCAAUCGCUACAGGGGGAGACGAUGAUGAUUGGGCCACUGCGGAUGAGCUACUGGACAAGGCCAAGUCAAAGUCUGGCUCCGGUCUCUUACUCUUCAUUGUGAUUCUCUUUGUGGUAGGGUUUCUUCUCCGAAAGCGCGAUCGACGCACACGAUGGUUUGGCAGAAUGACCUCUGCACUUCGAGGAAACAGGCGUCCCGGCAGCCCUCGGAAGUUUGGACGCGGGUUCUCAAUCACCAGCAAGCUUUUCGGGCGCUCUUCGGCAACAUACGAACGUGUAUUGGAAGAUGGCGAUGCAGAUCAGUUUGAGUUGGGCGACGUCGACUCCGAUGAGAACGAACAGUCUGACAGCAGCGAAGGCUCAAGAGCCGGGCGUUCCUCUGGCUUGGCCACGCCAAAGCUCAACAUUGAGAGAUUCGAUGACGGGCGACCGCCCUUCUCUCUAGACAGAGGUGGAUUGGCGGUGAGGACGGAGAGCCGUGAAAGGCUCGUUCCAAGCCUGGUGAAUGCUGGACGUCGAAGUCGCGCUGGAAGCCCAACGAGGAUGAAGAGUCCACUCAUGAAGCCUUUGGAUGAGGAUUAA